AUGCCACUUGCCUUUGCAUUUGCGCCACAGUUGGUUCCCUACGCACUGGGUCAUCAGCAUACGUCUAAAGCAGCGGCUCAUAGAUCAUACGUCAAAGUCUUCCACGCGCUAUCAAUUGCCUCUAUCCUCGUAUACUGGCGUGUGUGGACUACUCUGGUGUACGUCAACAGACCUGCCCAGCGCUCCCACGUUUGGGAUCUCUUCGCGAAUUCUAUUGCUAAGAGCGAUUCGGCGAAUGCAAACAGGCUUCUCGCAAAUAUCAGCAACGCGGGCCAAGCUCUCAAGCACAUCAGCAUGCACCCGGCUAUCAGUGUCACCAGCCUCGACGUCCUCUUUGCUGCCAUCAGCUUGCUGACGUGGACUUUCACGCGCGAUCUAGAUGUGCAUGCGAUCCUAGAAAGCAGCAUACUUUCUUUUCUCGUUCCCACCCAUGAGAAACACGUCACAUUCAAGCAAGACCUGGCAAGAGUGAUGGAGCAUGCGAGCGAGCCCUCGUCCCCAAUAGAGCCUCUUACGCCGAGGAAGCCUGGGCGCCCGGCAAAGAAGGCUGACGUAAAUGGUACAUCCACUUCCGCAUCCACGAGUGCGUCUCUCAGACGCAGCACACGAGGGAAAGCGCGCACUUCAGAUGUGGAUUCUGACGCAGGCUCAUUUGCUGGUGACCCUGAUGCUACAUACCAACCAACAGAGCAGACCAAGCGCGCUAUACAGGGAAUGGAGUCAGACGGCUCCGCGCCUGAGGGCGAUCUAGUUCACGCGGGAGAGUCGACUGCACUAGCUAUGUUUCUUGUCUUCUUCGGUGGACUGGGUCAAUUAGCUGCGGGUACGCUGGGUGCCGAGGUGACAGGACCGCGAGACUGA